AUGAUCAAAACAGAAUUGAUUGACUCAAAGAAACAUCUCCCUGUAAAUAUUAUCCGAGACAUUUCAGGUAACAUUCCGUAUAAUAAUCGCUAUACAAAGUCAUAUUUAUAUCUUAUCAAACGUUUAUCUGAUAAUUAUCAUUUACAAGAGGUCAAAAACAUUUUCUACAUUUGUAACUACUUGUUUUAUAAAGAAUAUGGUAUUAAAUUAGAUAAAUCUGAAGAUUUUGAAACAAUUAAUAUAGGAGAUCUCGAAAUUCAUUCAAAAAAUACAAUUUACAAAGCAAUUAUGAAUAAUGACAUAAAAAGUUUCAUCUCGUUCACGGAAGCGGAAAAUUUUAAUAUAAAUGACAAACUUAGAUGCAAAUUAUAUCCUGAAGAUCCUUGA